AAUGUGUUUAAGACUAUUGCGAUCAUACUCAGGAGCACGUCCCGGAGGCAAGUGUUGAGAUAUUCGCGUGGGGGUAAAUGUUCGUCUAUCUGACCUUGCACGUUCAAUGGAUGUCCUCUCAGCCAUACGUCAAAGACUGUAUCUAUCCCCGAAAUAAACGAUGGGCAGUACUGCAUGUGCGUGGCAAACACAGCAAUAUAUCUCGGUUUUAUCGACCCGAGAUCGAGUGUUGCAACCACUCUACUCAAGACGUCGCCAUCGUCACCAUAGGUCAGCCUAUUCAACGUCACGUUACCCUGCUCUAUCGAGAUAUAAACAUGCACGUUGGUAUCUGAGAACUUGUCCCAUACAUUUUGAAGAUUUUUCCCCUCCUUCACUACUGAGAUGAUGUAUUUGUAAUUCACUCUUUGUAGUUUCGCCUUUCCUACAUCCUCUCCAUUUUGUAUGAUGAACACGUUGCGUUCCAUUAAUGCUUUAGGAAUUCGUAGAGGAUCCGGCCAAUGGUUCAUGAAUGAGAUGACAAUCCUAUGUUUUUUAUUGGUACAGAGAGCUGCAUUGAAGCUGAUGCGGAAUUUACAAUCGCGAAAGCUGUACACUCUGUGGAUCGCUGAAGGUAGAACGGUGCCGUUUUCGCUAAUUUCGAUUGAUGGAAGAACCCUGCAGAUUUUGUCAUUACAAUAA